AUGGUGCGCCCCGAUAGGAAAGAUUGGAAUCAACGGUUGGAAGAUGCACUCUAUGCAUAUCGAACGGCGUACAAAACCCCCAUAGGGAUGUCACCUUACAGAUUGGUAUUUAGGAAGCUGUGUCACCUUCCAGUGGAGUUCGAGUACAAGGCUUUUUGGGCGAUCAGACAGUGUAACACGAACCUCGAAGAGGCCGGUGCCCAAUGGAAGUUGGAUUUGCAAGUAUUGGAGGAGAUCCGAAACGAAACCUACGAAAAUGCACUAAUUUACAAGGCGAGGAGUUGGGCAUUUCAUGACCGACAAAUCUCUAGAAAAACCUUUGAAAUUGGUCAGAAGAUUCUCCUAUACCAAUCCAGGCUCAAGCUCUUCCCAGUUGAAAUCCAGAGUGCUAAGACAGACAACAAAUUUGUGAUGAAUGGACACCGUCUCAAACACUAUUAUGAGGGUCUUGUAAAUGGAGAGGUGGAGGUGUCUCUCUGA